UCGCUUUCUCAUUCUCAUCUACCACCGGCACCGCAUACUUUCUCCUUCACCGUCGGCGUGCUAAUCUUCGUGUCCAUCCUGUAAGUUCUACCGCCGCUAUGGCGAGCGAGAACUGCACAUCCUACCCAGAUUUGGAUCUGGAGCUAAGAUUAGGUCUUCUCCCUUGCGCGUCCAGGAAACGACGGCGGGUCGAUGACUCGGAAGAAGUAAACCCUCCUUCUCCGAUCAGCAAUCUCGGUGACGAUCUCCUGGCAGAAGUUCUGAUUCGCCUCCCGGAACCCAAAUCCGCCUGGCGAUGCAAAGCAGUCUGCAAGCGAUGGAAGUCUCUGAUUUCCGAUCCCCACUUUGUUGGCCGUUUCAUUUCUCACCACCAGAGCAGAUGGAACCGAUACGGCGGCGGCGGCGAAUUCGAAGAACCACCUUUGAUGGCCUCAUGCUUCGGCGAAUCCAUUUUGAGCUUCCUCCCCCUGCCUGAUAAAUUUUGUUGCGAACAACGAUGGUAUUUCCGAGUUUUUGAUUCCUACAAGGACUUGGUUUUGUGCGGAUUUACCGAGGCAAGGGGAUUUCGUGCCGAAUAUCCGAGAUCUCUCUUCCUCUGCAACCCGUUUACGGAGCAGUGGAUCGCUCUUCCUCUAGCGCCUGAAUCGUGGCGGUCUUCUGCGAUUGGAUUUAAGGAGGCAAGGUUAGUUUGUGAACCCUGCUCUAAUGUUGAACUUGAUCUAGGAGAUGGCCAAAAACCAUUUGUUUAUUCCUCUGCAUAUCGGUUUCGGGUGGUCUGUAUAUAUCCCUUGCCCGAUUCUAUAAGGAUAGACGUGUUUUGUUCCGAGUCUGGAGAGUGGACGAAGGAGGCUCUUGUUCUUAAUGAGCAUCUCUUAUGGUUUAAUCUUAAUGUAGUUUCUACAUCGUGCAACGGAGGGUUGUUUUGGUUCUGUAUGAAUUCCAGAGUUUUGGGGUUUCAUCCAGUAAUUGCUGGGUUUAAUCCCUUUCGCCUUGAUGUACCUCCCAUCCGAUUUAACGCUUCUCGACUCCCCAUGGGUAGCUGGAAUAUUUCGGUCUCGCAAGGUGCUCUGCACCUAAUUUCACUUAGGCAUACAUCUGCUCCACCUACAUUUUUGAGUGUUUUGAGACUGGAACAAACGGUAAUAAUCUACUCAUGCUUGUACAAAUGUUUACUCUGUUUUCUGCAUUUGCUUGCAUCUGUGUUUCGGGUUUAGGAAUUCGCCGAUAAAGUCCGAAAGAAGUUUCUCCUAGAAAACAACAUGUCAGCAACCACAUCAAGAACUCUAGUCCCUCCUAAAAAAGGAAGUUGUCUUUUGUUGAGUAGCACAAACACUUACUUUGCAUGCCUGUCUCUAAUCGCUUGAGAAGUCUGAUGUUCUUGCAAACCCAACUUGUAUUCCGAACACUAGUAAUAGUAAAGGGAUGCACAGGAACUUGUUGCUAAUAUUACCUUUUCAUCCCAUUUAUGCAGUGUCUGGACUGUCAAAGAGAGAAUUAUGGAGUGGCUGGAUUCUCAGAAGAAAGAAUUUAUGCAGUGGCUGGCUUAAUUAAAAGACCCCCUCCCGUGUUAGGAAGCAGAAGGCGGUGAAGCUUGAAAGGCUUGCUCGUGUUGUUCAGAAGGAUGGCGCCAUUGGAUGAAACUUUCGUCUGCAAUUAGUCUUGGCUGUCUUUGACUUGUUGGAAUGCCUGUGAUCAAUCUUAUUCAAGAGGACCAGAAAGCAAGAGUGUCCAGUGUUCUUAACUUUCCCUGUACUAUUAUUGCCCUGAGCCAUGGUUUUAGGCGCUGCAACUUGUUUAUGUGGCCAAAGUUUCUCUGUAAGUUAGUUUAUUUAUUCAGCUGUCAUGGAAUGUAACAAGAUCUAUGUAGUUGUAUAUUGGAUGCUACAUAGAUCUUAACUAGUGGAUUACAUAGAGCGGCAGAGGGAGGUAUUAAGGAGAGGGGUCCUAGUCCACCACUUGAAAAAAAAAAAAGAAUGGGACAACAAAAUUAAUUACGUAUAUAAGGUUUAGUAUGAUCCUUCACAUUUAGAACCUCAUAAUAAUCUCAUAGAUGUUACAUGUUAGCUCACCACCUGAGUAUCCAAUCAACUCAAAAUUCAUUAAAUACAUUACAAAAUUUGUGUUAUUAAAAUUUAAAAAACCCCACUCAAGUCUGCUUGCGAUUUCAUUACACAAUAUACAUAUAUCGCGAACCAAUUUCUUUUUUAUAGUAAAAGACAGACGUCUUAGCUCGUAUUAAUGAUAAACCUUUAAGGGAAAUUCCCAUAGCAUCGUACAUAAACCUUCUCUAAAUGUACUACCGGCACCGCCGUGGGCAGCGAUGUAUAUAAUAAUAUAAGAACGUGAUCUCUCAACACCGGAUUUCAUGUGUUGAGUAAAAAAAGGUAAAUUAAUGUUAAGUAAAAAAAUUACAUAUAGUUACACAGAAUGGGUCGAGAGACAAACGAAUAAAAAAAUCGAGUAGUGUAACCAUACCCAUAUCACUCUGAAACAGCCCGAACAAGUCAAGUAGAACGGAUCAAAUCUAAAUCACCAUUCCUAUUCUCCAUCCUGUGUCAUCACCCAUUCUUUGAUAACAACCCAUGCUGAUACCACAGAGGCCUGUGACCAACUUCAUAUCCUCCCGCCGGCCAAUAUUUUACUGCCCACUCUUCAUCAAGUGACAUGCUGCUACGUACUUAUCAUGUUGCCGCCGGCCACCGCCGCCCCUCCUGUCACCAAAACGUCAUACGUUAACACCAGCAGAGCUCCCCAAUAUAUAUAGACGAAAUCUGACUUGGUCUAUUAAUGCUGAUUGCUGAAGACGUAAAAGUUAAUCCAUGUCUGGAUUUUUCACCACUUACUCAAACAUCUUGUCUUAAUUCAUGAGUUUGAAACUUUGCACGGCCCCGUCAUGCCUGUCAUGUGCUUUAAGAUAACGGUUAAUAUUGGUGUUUGGUAUGACUUGAAUCGGAUUAUCCAUGUACGAUGUAUGGGCUUAUACACGUUUUGGUUUCUGUUAUUGAUCUGGUUUGUAUAUAGUCUUACGAUGUAUGGGCUUAUUCUUUACCAUAUUAGAUUAGAUCGAGUUAGGCCACAUGAAGAAGUACUAUAUAUACUUCUCAAUCUCUUUAUAAUCUAUAAUCUUAUCAAGUAUAGUAGUGAAACUUGUUAAUUUAUAUUAUAAAGUACCAAUGUGUAA